AUGUUGAUACACUUUUUGACCCCGUUAUUCGCUGCUUUCGCCAGCGCAAAGUGCUUCGAGCCCAAUGUCGCGCAUCCUCCACCUACAUACGAUGCCUACGAUCCUCUCCUCCAAGAGGCGUUCGAGUCGAUGGACACAGCGCUUACAGUAGCCAUCGCAGCACCAGAGUAUGCCCCAACUUCUUUCUCUGUAGAAAUUACCUCUUCGAAAGAAAUUCUGUGGUCGCUGCACCAUACAGCCCGCAAGCGCAAUGCUUCGAGGCCCGAUAUUCCGCUGGUCAAUGGUGAUGCACUCUACCGUAUCGCUAGCAUAACGAAGACGUUUACUGUUCUCGGCAUGUUGUAUCAACACGAGGCUGGUAAUUUGAGCUUAGACGAUACGGUCAAUACGUAUCUGAAAGAGUUGGGAGAUAAGUCAAAUGGCGGUAUACCGUGGAAAGAUAUCACACUGCGUAGCCUGACUAGUCAACUGAGCGGCAUCCCACGCGAGUGGGCGCAGAGCGACAUCAUCAAUGAUGAUUUCGAUCCCACCGAGGUGGGUCUGCCGCCUGAUGUAUCCAGAGAAGGCCUGCCAGCAUGCGAUGAGUACUCGCCGAAUUACGAAACGCCUUGUACAGCCAAAGGUGCGCUCUUCAAUGCCAAAAAAGGCUUUUUACUGACAAAGCUCUACGUAGAUUUAUUCAGAAGACUCAAGCAAUUUCGCCCACUAUUCGCACCUAACCAAGCGUCCACCUACUCCAACAUCGCCUAUGAAAUCCUCGGCCUCGUCAUAUCGCGUGUGAGGAACCAAACCUAUGAAUCCUACAUUGACGAAGCCAUCUUCAAACCCCUGAACAUGUCCACCAGCACCUUCUCACUACCACCCGACUCCGUCGGCGUCAUUCCAUCCGGCGACCAAUUCUGGGAUGUCGAUGAAGGCGUUCAAAACCCCACGGGUGGAAUCUAUAGCUCCUCGCAGGACCUGUCCAAGUAUCUUCGCUAUGUUUUGACGCAUUUCAACGCUCUUACGCCUGCUGUAAAUUGGAUACAUCCCGUCUCACCUUCUCGGGGGUUGAACUCGUUUUACGGUAUGCCGUGGGAGAUCUUCCAAACGGAUCGUAUACUUAAAGACUCGAAACGCACGGUACGCUUUAUUACUAAAGGCGGCGGACUGCCAGGUUACACAUCUGUUAUCAUGACAGUGCCAGAAUACGACUUGGGCAUCACUAUUCUUGUUGCUGGUCCCAGUGGAAUCUUUUCCACGAUUCGGGACGUCGUUACCGUUACCAUGGUACAGGCUGCUGAGAAACUUGCCAUCCGCCAGCUGAACGAGCGUUACGCUGGGACAUAUCGCGCUAGAGAUUCUAAGCUCAAUUCUACAGUUACGCUCAAAGCGGACAGUCGCGGUUUAGUAAUCGCAAGCUGGGUAUCGAAUGGAACAGAUAUGUACGAGGCUCCUCUUGUCAAAGCCACGAUGCCGCCACAUUUCUUUUUUCAUAUGAGUCCCACUCUUCAGUACCGCAACGAGGAGAAAUCGGAAGGAGAGGAGUGGCGCGCUAUGAUUGUUGAGGAGCGCGAUGUGGGUGUGGGAGCUGUUUGGGAUGACUUUUGCAUGGAGAAUUACGAAACGACGAGUUAUGCGGGUAUACCGUUCAAUGAAGCGGUCUUCUGGAAUGAACGGGAAGAUGGAUCGUUCGGGGCGUUGGAGUUGUCUGCUUUCAGAGUCAACUUGACGAGAGUGGAAGAUGAUCGAGACGAGCUAGAGUACGACGAACAGGAUAUGAUGGAGCUCUGA